UCUCUUCCAAGCCAGCUAUACAGUUAGUUGAUUUUACACUACCACUCAUAAUUUUCCACUUCCACCAUUAAAACCUCACACCGUUACUCACGAGAAACAAACUUUCCGUUACUAUAAAACUCAUCAAAACGUUCUUCUUCCAUUCUUCUCCAUUUCCCAAUGAAGAUUUCCACAUUUUCUAUCAUUCUUCUCUGUUUCUUUCAAUCUACACGAGCCAUCUUAGAUCCUAUUGAUUUCUUAGCACUUCAAUCUAUUCGAAGAUCGCUUCACGAUGUUCCUGGUUCCAAAUUCUUCUCAUCAUGGGACUUCACCGAUGAUCCCUGCAACUUCGCCGGCGUUUACUGCGCCACCGAUAAAGUCAUUGCACUCAGUCUAGGAGAAUCUAGAGCCGGUUCACCUGGCCUCACAGGAAAAAUCGACACCGCCAUCGGAAAACUCUCGUCUCUCGUAGAUUUAACCGUUUCUCCGGGGAGAAUUUACGGUCAUCUCCCUCAGUCCAUUUCACAGUUGAAGAAUCUCAGGUUUCUCGGUAUUAGUCGGAAUUUCAUCUCCGGUGAGAUUCCGGCAGGGCUUGGUCAACUUCGUAAUGUCCGAACUAUUGAUCUAAGUUACAAUCAGCUCGCCGGAACUAUUCCUCCGUCAAUCGGAAAAUUGCCGGAGUUAAAGAACCUUAUUCUCCGUCAUAACCGUCUCGCUGGUUCAGUUCCAUCAUUCGCAUCGGCUCGAAACCUAAACCGGCUCGAUCUAAAGCAUAACACACUCACCGGUUCGCUUGCUCCUGAUUCUCUCCCAUCUUCACUACAAUACCUCACUCUCUCAUGGAACCAACUCACCGGACCAGUGGAUCGGGUUUUAUACCGUUUAAACCGGUUAAACUAUCUCGAUCUAAGUUUAAACCGGUUCACCGGUUCAAUCCCGGCUCAACUCUUCUCAUUCCCUUUAACAAACCUACAAUUAGAAAGAAACCAAUUAUGCGGUCCGGUUGAACCGUUCAACGAAGUUACAAUCCAAACCGUUGAUCUAAGCUUCAACAAAUUCUCAGGUGGAAUAUCACCUUUAUUAGCAACGGUGCAAAAUUUAUAUCUAAACAACAACGCUUUCACCGGUGAAGUUCCCGGUAGCUUUGUGGAACGGUUAUUAGCGGCGCAUAUUCAAAUAUUAUAUUUGCAGCAUAAUUAUCUCACCGGAAUCGUGAUUAAUCCAACGGCAGAGAUUCCGUUGAGUAGUUCUCUUUGUUUGCAGUAUAAUUGCAUGGUUCCUCCUGUUCAGAUGACAUGUCCUUCCAAAGCAGGUUACCAGAAAAUCAGACCUGCUAAGGAGUGUAACAAAUACCAUUGAAAAUCUCAUACCAUAUAUCAUAUUAUAUUAUAUAGUUACGUAA